AUACUCGUGAACAACGCUGGUGUCAAUGUCCGACAAACAGCCGAUGAUUUGACCAGUGAACACUGGCAGCAGUCAUUUGAGCUCAUGCUUACGGCUCCCUUCAUGCUCACUCGGGCUCUGUCAAAAAAUAUGAAAGCCCGACAACACGGCCGCGUGAUAACCAUCGCUAGUUUGCAAUCCUUCCGUGCAUUUCCGGAUUCUUUACCGUAUGCAACCGCCAAGACGGGGGUACUGGGACUGUCGCGCGCACUUUCAGAAGCAUACGCACCACCUCACGGUUACCACAAUGUCACGUGCAAUGCAAUUGCACCGGGAUAUGUCAAGACGAAACUCACUGCUUCGGUCUUUGCAGAUAUCGAACGCAGCCGACGACUGGCUGACGCUACUUUGUUAGGUCGCAACAGCGUACCUUCUGAUCUGGUGGGGGCAACCGUCUUCUUAGCGUCGCCGUCGGCCUCCUACAUUACUGGACAAACUCUGUCUGUUGAUGGUGGUUUCACGGCUCUCGGCAUGCGGUAG